AUCAUACCGUAUCCGUAAUCCGUAUACAGAAAAUAUUAAAUAAUCAAACGGACAACAGUAGAAAGUAGAACCAAAGAAUUGAAGAAGUAGUUUUCUACUGUGUUCUCUGGGAUAACGGAUAGCCAUUAAAAUUUGAAAUUGUUUGGUGUUCACUGUUUACUGUAAAGUGACAACAUUUUAUUGCAAACUAAUGCCGAAUAACUUCCAAGUAGUAAUAAGUAAUAGUUGGUACCAAAAAUACCCAAUUAGAAUUUUUGAUUUAGUUUGGUUAUACCAAUUAAUAUUAGUAUUUUAAAUGUGUUGUUGUAAUGUUGUAACAUAUUUUAAUAUAUUUUUUUAACAUUCAACGUUUAUAUUUUUCAAUUCUUAAAAUGGGCGUUACAAUUAUACAACAGUUUCCGAUGAAAGAAAAUCGUACAGGUGCUCAGAUAAUUGAAUUUCUUACAAAAAGAGUAAAUGCACUUGGUGCCAAACAAUGUGGUACAUUUCUUGUUGACUGUGAGACAUACGCAUCUAUACCUCAAUUAGGUGCCCAACGAACAUUACAUGUAUUUCAUAAUUCAGAACAGCCAGCAUCAGUGUUUGCAAUCCUUGAUAAUGGUACUGGAAAAACUGUGCCUGUUGUAGCAGAUGCAUUAUUUGAUUUGCUCUUGUUGAAAAUGUCGUCUGUGUAUACCUCUAAAAAAUCCAAAGUUGAGAUUAGAGGUCCAAGAUUUGAGCUAAACGAUUUUGUUAUUAAAAUUGGUGCAAUAAAUAUUAAUCACAAUGUUAAAGGCAUUAUUGUGGAGGCAGAAUAUCGGCCUUGUGUUGUAUUUGGCUUAUGUUGGGAUAUGUUACGAGAAUUUCUUCAAGGAUUUUUAGGAUCUUGUGUAUCAAAUAUCCCACCACAUUAUUUUCAAAACCGUAUGAAUGAUAUUUUUCAACCACUGGACACCAUUCAACAGUACUUAGAUCAUAUAACUAUUUAUAGAAAAGCCACUGGAAUCUUACAACAGUAUAAUACCAAUACCACUUAAAUAUAUAUAGGUAUAUACAUAUACACUAAUGGGAUAAUUUUUUUUUGUGUUCACAAAAGCCAACAUUUUUUAAAUAUAUUUUUA